GCUGCUCGCGGGAACAGCUAGUAGGUAUAAAAUAAAAAAUGUUUAGUAAGCGUUCCACCAAUCACAGCCAAGUAUUUACGGCGAAUCACGAUAUUGCUAGGAAUUCUGAAGGCAGAAAUUCUAAUUAUAAUGCUGUCAGACUAUUAUUUUUGCUAGUGAAAAAUGAGAUUUACAAAUCAUUCAUAGAGUCAAAUUUUAAACAAAAAAAAGUAAGGUUUUGACAGCUCUAAAAUUAGAAUUUCUGCCUUUAUCUACGUUUAUCUAAUUCGAUAACAAACCCGUGUAGCAUCUGGCGUUAAAAUGAUUAGAUACUGUAGUUUAUUUCAAAUAGAAUUACACAAAAAAUAUUAUUGGUUGUCAUAAUAGGGAUGCCUCCAAAAACCUUGGCCGUUCUCCUCUGCUUGGCCGUAACUCUGGUCCAAUGCGCCAACUAUCCAAAACCAUGCCCUGGCUUCCUCAAGUUCAAAAACAACUUCUACAUAUUCGAGAGAAACAUCACCAUCGACGGAAUCCCAGCUGAUAUCAACGUGCACUUCAAAACUGGAGACAUUUACUAUACCAUUGUGAAACCUGACAUGACAAUGAAUGUAGAAAGAUGGCACGGUGAUGGCAGUGAAACGAUUGAAGAGUUUUCCGUCCAAGGUUUAGGAGUCGUCAGAGCCUUCCAAACUGUGAACAUCGAUAAUAAAAACGACAGAAUCUACACGGGAACCAACAACGGAUAUUACCAAGUUAUAAUCAUAAAGGACGGUACCGUAGACUACAAGUAUCUAGGCGGUGAUGACCAUGACAUAAUGUACUUGACUCCUAUUUUCAAAGACAGUAUGCUUCUUGGCACGCAUCCAGGUGACCGAAUGUUCAUAUCCACAGGCCCAAAAGCAACAGUUAAAUUCGACGUCAUAACGAAGGGACGAGACUUGAAAACGGAUGUGAGAAACAACAUAUACUUUUCAAUAGAUCGAACGCCGUACGUGCUCAGGUUUAUGAACAGGACACAGAAUUACAGCAGUGUACCGAUAACAAUACGGAAAUUGCCACGCGGGAAGCUGGCGUUCUUUAUCAUUGAUAAAGAUGGUGAGGUAUAUAUCUUGGAUGAGGAUGCUAAGCUGUUUUUUCUGGUCAAUGGAGAGUUCCCGACGUUCCUGGGCACAUUUAACCAGAAAGAGGUGAAUGGGUUCGCGAUGGAUCAGCAUAAGAAUGUUUAUAUUGGUGUGUUGAAUGCCAUUAUGAAGUUUGCGGCCUACGAGAAAUGCCCAGAAGGAGGAAAAACCACCACAUCCACAACGACCACAACGCAUGCGCCAAUCACAACCACAACAAAUUCAACAUGGCGGCCAGCUGUCAAAGAUCCAAGAUGGCGGGCACCUGUCAAAGAUAAAAAGCGGGAUGCGUUUCUACACAAACGUAAGCUGGCCUUGGAAAAGAAGAGGAAAGAGAAAAGAGAUCAGCAAACAGAAGGAGUAAGAAGGAAGGGUUUGAGACUGAGAAGCGAGUUUUUGACGUCCACUCCGUCUAAAGAUAACUUGGAUACUGAUGAGGAAUAGGAAAUUAAGAUGUGAUGACAGGGAAAGAGACGUUAAAAUCUCCUAACUAUGAACGACCUUCUAUCUCAAAUUCGGGUUCAGGCCCCAUUGAUGCGUUGUGUCUCGUCGUUCCAAAGGAACGGUCGUCCAAAUGUCCCAUUUUUAUGGCAUUGACGAUGACGUCGCUAAGCUAGUGCCGAUGCAACGCACCAAUGGGGCCUCGCCCUUACAGAGCAAAGUUCACGUCUAGUUAUUCCGAUCUGUUACAAUAAAUAUUAUAAAGUUUAAGUGGACGAUUAUUUAUAAUGAUGUUAUGCUAACUUUACGAAUUCAUGAUACAAUGAUAAAAAUAUUGUUUUGUAUCCAAAAUAUAGACUAGAUCCGAUACCUACUGUACCUAUUAGAAUGGGCAAUCUUUGUCGAGUCGAACAUCCUGUAUAAUGUGUAAUGAAACACUACUGUAAAUAAACAUCAAUUAAAAUUUG